AUGCACCACGCCGGCGGCGGUGGCGGUGGCAGUGGCGCCGGCGGCGGCGGCGGUGCCGGCGGCACGGGUUACGGAGGGCCCCACGAACGUGUGCACCAGACCCCGCGACCGGCCCAGCCCGACAAAUGUCCGUACGAGACCUAUCAGGCGCAAAUACCGGACUGUUGCGCGGCCGCUGUAGCGGCACAGGAUUCGUACCCACGCCCGUCCAGCGGCUACGACGGCAGGUGCUAUGACGAUUGCCAUCGCAGGACACCUUACCAGGACGAAACCUAUCCUCAGGAUAUGUCUUCGACAUUCCAUCGGCCUCAGUCUAGACUAGGUUACGAGGAACGUCCACAGUCCCGGAUGGGAUACGCCUCGGAUUCCAGGUGCGCCAGCGGGCUUGGUUACGAUGACACCGGGGGUGGUUACCUGGAUCAGAGCGACCCGAGGAUGUAUUGCACCGGUGGCUAUUGCAUGGGAGACACGAUGAUGGCGACGAACAGAGGCGUGUGCGGCGAAGAGGUCGAAUUAGAUAUGCGAAGACACAUUCAAGCCUGCGCUUGCACGUGUAAUCACAUGGGCUACGGGAAUUAUAUGGACUAUCAGACCACGUGCCUAACAGAACUGCCAGACGUUGCGCCAUGCAACGGCACUGUGCGAUUACCACCGCCGUGCGAGGACUCGCCUAGCAGCGGCAGCAGUAAGGAUCGCAGAGACGAGAGUCCUCGCAGGAAGUGUCGGCUAUUGGCGCCCGUCUUGCUCCUAGUGGCCGUCCUGCUCCUCGGAGGUCUCUGUUUGCCGUUUCUCCUUCAAUCCGCGCCUGCCACGCACCAGCAGAGGCUGGACGUGAUCAGGAGGAUCCUCACUGAAGUGCCUCUGAUCGACGGGCACAACGAUUUGCCCUGGAACGUCAGAAAAUUCGUACACAAUCAACUUGGCGAGGUGAACUUGAGCAGCGAUCUCGGCAGAGUCGAUCCUUGGGCCAGAUCAGAUUGGAGUCACACAGAUAUCCCUAGAUUACGCGCUGGCCUUGUCGGUGCACAAUUUUGGUCUGCGUACGUUCCUUGUGGUGCCGCUCAGUUAAACGCAGUUCAACUUUCAUUGGAACAGAUCGAUGUGAUUCGUCGUCUUGCCGAAAUGAAUGCUCAACAUUUAACUUUGGUUACUUCUGUCAAAGGUCUCAUCGAAGCGCACAGAGAAGGAAAAAUUGCAAGUCUUAUCGGAGUGGAGGGUGGUCAUUCCCUGGGGAAUUCUUUGGGUGUUCUUAGGACAUUUUACGGCCUGGGAGCGCGAUAUCUUACUUUGACACAUGCGUGCGACACCUCCUGGGCAGUCUGUUCUGUUGGUGAAACGAACAAUACUCAGGACUCCACGCCGGGCCUCAGCGAAUUUGGAAAGUCGCACAGCGCCGCCAGGGCGCUAUGCAAUUCUACCAGAAAUGUGCCGGACGACGUGCUCAGAAAUCUGGCUAAGAAUGGCGGAGUAGCGAUGGUUCCUUUUUAUACCUACUUCAUAACAUGUAACAGCACCGCUACCAUAAAAGACGUUAUUGCACACAUCAAUCAUAUUCGAAAGGUGGCUGGGAUCGAUCAUGUCGGAAUCGGAGCGGGUUUCGACGGAAUAAAUUUCACUCCUACGGGUUUAGAAGAUGUUUCGAGAUAUCCGCAACUAUUGGCUACUCUGCUGGAGGAUCCUUCGUGGACAGAAGAAGACAUUAAAAAAUUGGCUGGCCUCAAUUUAUUGAGGGUAUUUGCGAAAGUUGAACAGGUUCGUGACGAGUGGCAUAGAGCGGCUGUGUUACCAGUGGAAAAGAUCAGUCCGCCAGACAACUCAGCCUGCGUUUACGGCGCAUCCUGAUCUUCUUUGAAGACAUUUGCACCGGUAUUUCUCGAUUUCGCGCAAUCGCCGAAGAUUCUACGAGUGCCGUGGUAUUACUGGAGCUUGUGAGAGUAAGAGAAAGAGAGAGAGAGAGAGAGAGAAAGAGAGAGAGAGAGAAAGGUCGUAUGUCCCGAUUCAUCAAAAGAAUAUUCCGCAAAGAAAGCUCCAGAGAUAUCUCUAACGACCAAUCCAUUUAUACUAAAACAAACUGCCGACUUCUACUUCAGGGACUUUUGCGUUGCGCCUUAAUAAGAAACGAAGAUUCAGCUCGAGAGAAACGCGAUUCGACCUAUCGAAAUUGAUGGUGUCGAGAAAACAUCUCUAAUGAAACAUCGUUCGCGUGCGAUAUAUACAUGUACUUGGAAGAACACUUUACGAUCAAUACACUGUUUGCGAUUACGUUUGAAAAAAAAAAGGAAUCGCUCGCGCGUUUCUUAUAUAAUGCCGCUUUUCAAUUUCUCUUGUAAUAUUACGCAAGAACCGUUAUCACGUCAUAAUGUGUUGUUGUGAGGAAAGAUUGUUCUUGUUUUUUUUUUUUUUUUUUGUCCAAACUCGGUAGUUUUCCUAGCUUGAAAAAUUAUUCAGAUUAUUUAGAAUAUAAUUGAGAGAUAUUUUUUAUCGCCAGAAUUUCCGUCCAGACUUUUCAAUUUCACUUAACAUAUCAGAAUUUGUGUGAUUCAUUAGCAAUAUCAUAAUUUGCAUCGCGCUUCUAUAUUUGUCGAUAUCCUUUAAUUUUUUUUAAAACACGUUGUGUAAUUUAGAACCUCGUCGAGAUAUACAUUUGGCUUGUUUCAAUUAUGUAGUUUUUGCUAAAUCGCAGUAACGCCGAAGGAAUUGACAAAACACUAAUUCCUUUAAAAAAAAAAAAAAAAAAAAAGAUCAGGACUCAUGCCUCGUAAUGCACACUUGGUAUAUUAAUUGAUAUUACGAUCGUCUGACUCUCUCAUAUCACAUUCCACGUCACAACACGAUCUUUUCACCCUACGAUCACAGAGAAUCAGUUUACUGAUUAUUAAUUGCUAAGAUACAGACACAGAUUGCACGUAUCUAUAUUACGAUUAAUUCUACAAACUGUUUUUUUUUUUUUUUUUAACAGAAGACAAAACACACGCUCGUAAUCUUACGUGUACUUGCAUUGUUUAUAUUUCAAUCAGAAAAAAAUGAACAAAAAACAUUACUGUAAUAUUAUAUAUCAGUUAAAGAAGAUAAGUUGCAUUUCAUAAUUUACACAA